AUGAGGAUCCAGUGCGAUGUGUGUAACAAAAACCAGGCUUCUUUAUUCUGCACCGCCGAUGAAGCCGCCCUGUGCGACGCCUGCGACCACCGUGUUCACCACGCCAACAAGCUCGCCUCCAAACACCAACGCUUCUCUCUCACCCACCCCUCUGCUAAGCAUUUUCCUAUCUGUGAUGUUUGCCAGGAGAGAAGAGCUUUUGUGUUUUGUCAGCAAGAUAGAGCGAUUCUGUGCAAAGAGUGUGACGUGUCUAUUCAUUCUGCCAACGAACUCACCAAGAACCAUACCCGCUUUCUUCUCACUGGGAUCAAGUUCUCUGCUUCUGCCACGCCUUAUUCUUCAUCAUCAUCAUCAUCACCAUCACCAUCACCAUCACCCAAGAAAAACCCUGUUCUUGAUUCUUCACACGCACCUUCCAAUUCUCCUACAACACCCUCACCGCCUAAGCCUGGGGGAAACUCGCCAACAAGUCAAGAACCUGCUUUCACUGGUAGCAGCAUAUCCGAGUACUUGAUAAACACUAUCCCUGGCAUGAAGUUCGAAGAUUUCCUCGAUUCACAUUCCGUUCCCUUUGCUUGCUCCAAGAAUGGUAAUGAGAUGUUGUCGCUGUUGGGUGAGGGAAACAUGGUUUCGUUCUCCCCUGGUGGGAUCUGGGUUCCUCAAGCGCCAUCUUCUUCUGCUGCAUGUUGGGAACAGAUGGGUGGGCAGAAUGGGUACAGAGAGGGAAGGGAAGGUAGCAUUAGAUCAGGUUUGGGGGAUGAUAAUUUCAUAGUUCCACAGAUGAGUCCUCCCAGCAAUGUUUCCAAGAGAUCCAGGCUUCUAUGGUAG